AUGCCAGGGGAGUGGAACGCCUCUUCCGACAGCCCGGAGCUACGAGCAGCAGGGAUUAUUGUGCCCAUCAUCUUCUCCUUCAUCUUCCUCCUGGGUACUGUGGGAAAUGGGCUGGUGCUGGCUGUAUUGCUGCAGAAUGGCCAAGUCAAGUACAACACCACCAACCUCUUCAUCCUUAACCUGGCCGUGGCCGAUCUGUGCUUCAUCAUCUGCUGCGUACCCUUCCAGGCCACCAUUUACACCCUGGACGGCUGGCUCUUUGGGGCCUUUGCUUGCAAGGCUGUGCAUUUCCUGAUCUACCUCACCAUGUAUGCCAGCAGCUUCACCCUGGCUGUUGUCUCUGUUGACAGGUACCUGGCCAUUCGUUAUCCACUGAAGUCCCGGGAUCUCCGCACCUCCCGAAAUGCAGGAGUGGCUAUUGUAGCAAUCUGGUCACUGUCAGUGCUCUUCGCAGGGCCUUACCUCAGUUACUACCAGGUUGUCCAUUACCACGGGGUGCCCAUCUGUAUUCCCAUCUGGGAGGACCAGCGCCGAAAGAUUCUGGACAUCCUCACAUUUGUCUUUGGAUACCUCCUGCCUGUGACCGUGGUGAGCCUCGCAUAUGCCAGGACCAUCAAGUUCCUGUGGACCUCCGUUGACCCCAUAGAAAGGAUCUCAGAGUCCCGGAAGGCCAAGCGUAAGGUCACCAAGAUGAUUGUGGCUGUGGCCAUCCUGUUCUGCCUCUGCUGGCUACCCCACCACCUGGUCAUCCUGUGCUUCUGGUUUGGCCACUUCCCCUUCAACCGAGCCACUUACGCUUGCCGCCUAGCUUCCCACUGCCUUUCAUAUGCCAACUCCUGCCUCAACCCCAUUGUCUAUGCCCUUGUCUCCAAGCAUUUCCGUAAGCGUUUCAAGCAGGUCUUCACCUGCCUCUUAUUCCAGAACAAGACCAGGAAGAAGAAUAAGAGAGUUGGAAAGAAAGUCCAUAUGGUCAAUGUGGGCAAAGGUUUCACCAACAGCACUAGAGAUUUCUGUGGAAGAAAAACUGAGGUGACUCAGGUCCCAGAGGAGAACAUCAGGAAAAGGGACCUUGAAGGUGCCAGUCGUGCCAGAGCAUGGACUCACCAGCUACAGGAGGCCAUGGUCUCUGUUCAGAAGGAGCUACGAGAGGAGGAAAGUUUGGCAACAGCUGGCCAUACCCUAGACAUGAUGCCUCCAAGAGGAACUCGGGAAUCUCUGACUGUUCAGCACAGAUGA